GCACGUAAUUUGAACGUGUUUGGUGUUUCCGGCGCGCACGGGCAAUUUGCAUGUAUUCGCAUUUAUUCAAUUACAAAAUAAUUGAAACAGAGUGUAGUGAAUAGGGCGAUGGGCGUAUGUGGCUGGACAUUCGAAUGAGUUAGGAGAAACUAUUAAACUGGUUACUAAAAGUUGUUAACUGUUUUCAUAACAAAAGUUGUGUACUAGUUUUGUGACUUGUUUUCGUGAUGAUGAAGGAACUAAAUAAAGAGGAAGGGUCAGACGAUGAAUCCGGACUUGGAUAUCAGAACACUUUGAUGUAUGGUCGCUAUCAACGCGACCUAAGUGAAGCGGCAAGAGAAGAAGCAAGACGACUCAGAAGAUUACGAAAGAAACGAAGAAAAGAUGACAAAAUGCGACAAAAGGAGUUGGAGGCGACGGGGAAACUUAGACCCAGAGGGAAGGUGGUUAAUGUUAUAAGUUAUUUAUGGAGGCAUUCGUUCGCAAAGCUGGGAGAGGACUGGUUCUUUUUAGCGGCCUUGGGUAUCAUCAUGGGUUGUUUGAACUUCGCAAUUGACCAGGGCAUUGCCGUUUGUAAUAAUGCUCGUACAUGGAUGUACAACGAUGUAGCGACCUCAAUAGCCGGAAAAUACUUCGCCUGGGUAUCACUUCCGGUUUGUUUGAUACUCUUUGCAGCUGGUUUCGUGCACAUAGUCGCAGCCCAGAGUAUAGGAUCUGGUAUUCCUGAAAUGAAGACAAUACUCCGAGGAGUGCAUUUGAAGGAGUAUCUCACAUUCAGAGCGCUGAUCUCCAAGUGUGUCGGUCUAACUGCCACUCUGGGCAGUGGAUUGCCUUUGGGAAAAGAGGGUCCUUCUGUCCACAUAGCUUCAAUGGUGGCAUCCCUUCUAUCUAAAAUGGUGACAAAAAUCCAGGGAGUUUAUGAGAACGAAUCGCGUACAACUGAUAUGCUAGCAGCCGCCUGUGCUGUCGGUGUAGCUUCGUGCUUCGCUGCGCCUGUUGGAGGUGUGCUGUUCUCAAUUGAAGUAACAACUACAUACUUCGCGGUACGAAAUUAUUGGCGAGGUUUCUUUGCCGCUUGCUGUAGUGCUAUUAUGUUCCGUCUGCUAUCCGUAUGGUCAGGCGCAACUGCCACGGUGAAGCCUCUGUUUCCAACAAGUCUACCUCAAGACUUCCCUUUUGACCCUCAGGAAUUUGCCGUAUUCGUUCUUUUGGGGAUAGUAUGUGGUCUUAUGUCGGCAUUGUGGGUGUGGCUGCAUAGACAAUAUGUACUCUUUAUACGUAACACAAAAUAUUUGAGUACCUUCUUACAGAAAAACCGUUUCAUCUACCCUGGCUUCAUGACAUUAGCAGUGAUGUCCAUACUUUUCCCGCCGGGGAUAGGAAAAUAUAUGGCCGGAGGACUAGGGACUCCACCACAGGUGUCAGCACUGUUCGCUAACUUCACGUGGUCUGACGAACUGACAGCAGAACAGGCGGCGAUCGUCUCCAACUGGCAAACACCUGAAGUAGACCACUUCGGCUGUCUCAUCAUUUAUUUCUUUUCUAUUUAUUUCCUGAGUAUGGUGUCAUGUACCUUACCAGUGCCGGCAGGUAUUUUCGUACCAGCAUUCAAAAUGGGUGCAUCUCUUGGCCGCUUUACGGGGGAGGUGAUGCACUACUUCUGUCCUCUGGGUGUCGCUUAUGGUGGUAGAAUACAGAAGAUAUUGCCCGGUGGUUAUGCGACUGUCGGUGCUGCGGCAUUUACAGGUGCAGUUACACAUACUGUAUCGACUAUCGUGAUUAUCAUUGAGAUGACCGGACAGAUAACGCAUCUCCUACCAAUAAUGGCGGCAGUCUUAUCAGCAAACGCGGUGGCUGCGAUGUUGCAGCCAUCUUGCUUCGACAGUAUUAUAUUGAUCAAGAAACUGCCCUACUUGCCCGAUCUGCUCUCAUCUGCCAGCCGUAUGUACGAUAUUUGUGUUGAGGACUUCAUGGUACGAGACGUGGUUUACAUCUGGAAUAGGAUGACCUUCCAGCAACUGAAGGAUGUUCUUAAGAGUAAUAAGACAAUUAAGAGCUUCCCACUGGUAGACAGUCCAUCAUCCAUGGUACUCCUCGGCUCCAUACAUCGAUGGGAGUUGGUGAAAGUGAUUGAGCAGCAAGUGGGCAGAUCGAGAAGAUUGCAAAUUGCCGCGCAAUGGCUUAAAGAAGCCGAGAGGAGAAGGGAAGAGGAGAAGAAAAAAGUUAGACGACCUUCACGAUUUGAGGUUACACCAGCGCCUGACAUGCUCCAAGUUCCUGGCUCUGGAAUGACCAGAGGCACGUCCCUUACAUCGCAAGACCAAAGCGGUCUCAUACCUGCUCCAGGCCAGCUCUUCCGACCGAAGUCCAUAUUGAAGAAGACAAAUUCGUUUACCCUUACACGAGGUCUGGCACCUCCCACGCCCCAAUCUACGUUGCCACACCCCUCUGUGUACACUACUGUUACUGGCGCUGAGACCAGAAUACGUGCAGCAUUCGAAGCCAUCUUUAAGAGGUCCACUCUUUUGCCGGAUGUGGAAGGAGGAUUAUCAGAUCAAAUGGGCAGUUUGCAACGCAGUCCCUCUAUUAACAAGAAAGUUCAGUUGCCAAGAGAACGUGUGUGCGACAUGUCGCCCGAAGACCAGAAGGCUUGGGAGCAACUGGAGAUGGCCAGAGAGAUCGAUUUUGAUAAAAUGUUGCAGAUUGCUCGUAGACGGGAUAUGAACCCUGAUGACACAGAGUAUGAAGACGAGACGCUCUAUCUAUGCCAUAUUGAUCCUGCACCAUUCCAGCUCGUUGAACGAACUUCCUUACUCAAAGUACAUUCACUAUUCUCUACGCUGGGUGUAAGCAGGGCUUAUGUGACGGCAAUUGGACGACUUAUAGGUGUCGUGUCGCUUAAAGAGCUACGCAAAGCAAUAGAAGACGUCAAUUCUGGCGCAUUAACACCGGCCAAUCGGCCAUCACCGCCUACCACUCCAUCACCGAUUAUGAUCAAAGUCCAGUCACUAGAACCAGCACCGCCAAGUGACAGUGACACAGCGAGACUCACCAAAUCAUGAAAAUAAUUUAUUACAUGGAUGAAGCUGGACAAAGUGUGACAAAUUCAUAUUAACAGUAUUUUUUGAUAGUCAUUUUCUAUCGGUGCUUUCAUAGGUAUUUACUUGAUACAAUGUAAACUCUAUAAAACGACACUCAAUGGGCUGCCUAUUUUGACGUUACAAAGAAUUGUCGUUAAAAGUUAAAAGAAAAAGUUUAUUUCAGACUAGCGUUAGUAAUUACAUAGAAAACGUUUCUUAUUUGACCACUAUUGCGUGUAGUUUAUUAUUGUCGUCUUUUGCUGCACCAGUAAUUAUGUAUAUAUAUUGAGUCAUCUUCGUGACGGAUUUCUUAGAAAGUUCAGUACGUUAAUGUCAGUCGAGUUGAUUACGGCCAAUAUAGCGUCUAAAGAGCGCGCACAGCUACGCAGCUUUCAAUAAUUUCUGCAACUUAAAACAUA